CUAGCCUAAGUAGCAAUACUAUGACGACAACAAUAAGCAAGCAAGAACUACAACAGCAGCAGCAUCAGGCCAUCACCAUUCACAGCAGCUCGAUGACAGCAGCAGCAGGAGGAGGAUGCUCGUUAGCAGCAGGAACAGGACCACCACUUGCCGCCUCUCAGUCACAAUAUGACACGCUCAACAACAACUACGGCAGCAGCCUCACGACUACCAAUCAGCGAGACAUCAGCGAGACUCCGCCCCGUCGCUCCCUGCUAAACUUCAAGUCCCUGGACUUUCACAUCAAAUCCCUCUACAGUGGCCUGCGCAACGGCGGCACCAGUCCCAGCAAUCCGAGCAGCUCAACGUCGGCUGGUGUGCAGUUGCCAGCGCCGGAUGGAGUGCAACGACGGAUGCCGUAUCUGCGCAUCGAAAGCGUCGAUCCGGAGGGAGAGCCGAGUGGAGCAACGGCAGCCGGAGCUGGACCAUUCUCCAGACGAGAGUCGUUGGCGGGUCAGCGAUUGCAGGUCUCGCCCAGCCUCCUCUCCCCGUACAGCGGUGGUGUAGGUGGGGGUGGAACUGGAGCCAGCCUGCUGAUGCCCUCACCGGAUGGUUCAACCAUACGCCGCUCCUCCACCUCCGACAUUGUGGCCUGCCGCCGUGGCGGCGGAUCCCAGGACAGUCGCCGGCCCAGCACCUCGGAUCUGCUGCGGCGGGCCAGGGAGAGGCGUGGCAGUGAGGCGCGCAUGGGUCGCAGUGUCUCGCAAGGUGGCCUGACGCGAGGAGGUGGCUCCUUUGGCGGUGGACUGGGUGGCAGACGCACCAGCAUGGCCUUCUAGAGGAGCAACGCGACGCACGAAGGCAGGAGAAAUCGGCUGACUAAAUGGCGCUUAUGAAUUUUUAUCUAGACAAAAACAAAACAGAAAACCCAAAAAAUAUAUCAGCUUAUAAGAAACAGUUUUUUUCCGUCGAUCUAUCAUUAUUAUUGUUAGAACUUAUAAUUGUUAUUCCUCGAAUGAAGAGAACUCAAAGUUAAAAACUUACAAAUGCGUAAUACCGAUUAAUGGAUGGCGAAACAAAGAAAGCUGAAACAAACAUUGCAUACAUUACAUAUGAACAUCUCUAACCUAUCAAUCACUCAAUCAAUCAAUCAAUCAAUCAAUCAGUCAAUCUAUCAAUCUAUCUAUCCCCCUUUCUGUCAUCACUUUCAUCUUGAAGCCAUCCCCCAGUAUAUCUCUCCGAAUCCUUGUUAAUUUCACUCUACGGCCCGCUCAGUGCAUUGCAUCCCCCAACUUUUAUGACAAUAUUAGAUCCUAACUAUCGUAAACUAUCGUACGGCAAAGCAAAGCAAUGCUUGGCAAGGGAAUCUCCGCUGUCAAUCUCCGAAGCAAUUACCGUAUCCGCAUCCAUCGAGCGACAUUUUGUUUCAGUUUUGUUUUUUGGCAAAUGGAAUGGAAUGGAAGGAGUAGUAUCGAAUCCAUAAUCACCCUAUGUGACAGUCAUAUCAAGCGAAAGUGGAGAAAAAAGGAGUCCUUUUGAUUAAUCAAUUAGUAAGCUAAACGAAUCUCUAGAGGAUGAAUGGAUGGAUGGAUGGAUGGAUGGAUGGAUGGAUGGAUGGCCUGGCCUCAUUGCAGGAUUGAUAACAAUUUUAGCUAAAUACAAAUUCAACUAAUAAACAAAACAAAACAAAAAUAA